AUGCUCAGCCAACCGAACCUGGCCAUGUACCAGCUGAACCGCUUCUACCAGGAAUGUGUCGCGUCGCGCAAGUCGACCAUCGGCAAAACGAUUCGUGACGUGUGUAAAAUCGUGCAGGACAUAUUGAAGGAGGUGGAGACAGAAGAACCGCGAUUCAUUAGCACGCUGACCGAAAACGGCGACCGUUACGACGUCGCGUACGUGUUGUCGCCAACCGAGUUCGAAAUUAUCCUCUACCUGAACCAGAUGGGUGUCUUCAACUUCGUCGACGACGGCUCGUUCAUCACCGCCAGCGGCUACUUGUCAGCCCGCAAGAUCCGGUCCCGCUUCCAGACGCUGGUCGCCCAAGCAGUGGACAAAAGCCAGUACCGCGACUGCGUCAAGCUUAUUCAAGACACAAGCGAGGUGAAGCUACGAAUCAAGGACCGCUACGUCGUGCAAAUAACGGCCGCUUUUCGCUGUGGCAACAUAUGGCCCCGCAGCGCGUCCCACUGGCCUCUGCCCGUCGCCACGUGGCCCAGUCCGGCCCUGGUGCAUGAGGUAAAGCAAGAGGGCUGCGACUUACACAGCAAGGAAACGCCGAACCUCCAAGGCAAGCAGUCGGCAAUGGAAGGCGACGCCUGGCUGAUGAGCUUCAACCAGGCAGAGGACAUUUUGCUGUCGCUCGGCUGCCGUCGCAAAAGUCUCAGCAUCUUGAAGACAUUACGCGACCGACAUAUGGACGUCGGACCUAGCAGCCCGAUCACCACCUAUAUCCUGAAGACGCUGCUGCUGUUCGAAUGUGAGAAGCACCCGCACGAGGCGGAGUGGGACGAGAUUGCGCUAGGCGACCGCAUCAUCGGUGUCCUUUUGCAGAUGGUCAGCUGCCUACAGUGUCGCAAGUGUCCACAUUACUUCAUUCCUUCACUGGACCUGCUCAAAGGUAAGCCGACCGUGCUGCUCGAUCAGGCAGCAAAACAGGCGUGGCGACUGCUGCGGGAGUUGAUCACGAAUCCACGGGCCCUCGAGAAUCUGUGA